AUGGUUUUGGAAUGCUGGUAUUGUGGUACUACUAAACUUACCAUGCUAAAUGCAACUUGUUACUGUCCAGAGUGCGAAAUUUACUUUCGUAUCGAAAAUAACGAACUUUCACCGAUUUUCAUCGAAAAUAAGCUUAUCUAUCGCCAGCCGAUCAAACUAGAGGAAAAGAAGAUUCUUUGUGCAUUGUGUGAAGAAAGAGGAGAGCGUGAGUAUCUUCAGAGACGAGCUGAGGCCGAUUUAAAGAUAGAUAUCACUGGUAAUGAAAAAACAAAAACAAAAGAGCCUGAUAAUUUGUGUCUAACUUGUAUUGAAAAAGUCAACGAGGUUCUUAAGCAAGAAGAAAGGAAACUUUAUCGGCCAUACCGCCUACACUUACUUAAGAAAGGUUUAGAGACUGUUUUGAGCUUUGGGGUGGUUUUGGGACUUUCUUUCGGUUUACAAUCAAAACUUCUUGAUAUCUUGAGUUUAGGAUGGCUACAAAGAUCGGCUAAUAAGAAUAGAUUGGGCGGUUGGUGGAAGUACUUCUUAUUACUGUUGGUCUUUCCUCUGCCUGUCUACUUCUAUCUGCACUGGGCUGGACUAUUCUAUUCCGCCCUCAAACAAUGCCGGCCUAAACGAACGACUUAUCUUAAACCACCGGCUGGUAUAGUCCGGGUGGAGAACAAAGUCCUUUCUGGGUUCCAACAAAUCAAAAUCAGCCAAACCCCGCCGCUUGCACCCGUCUCACCCAAACCGCCAGCCCCGCCUUUGCUUCCCGUAAUUACACCGAGUGAGGCCAAGAUCGAUGCGGAGCUAGACCAACUCUGUCACAAACUAUCAACCCUAAAGAUCAAAUUGCCCUGGUAUCGAGUUCAGUUCAACCGUCUCAUGCACUGGGCUAUCAAUUAG